AUGAAGUAUAAAAGACCGUACAAAGUGUAUGAAUGUCAUAUAGAUUCCCACCCACCUGAAACCAUGAGGAUGCUAUUAGUGUUUCUGGUUUAUAUUCCAUUCAUUUUAGCAAUAGAAAGGAUCCCUUUAGGUCGAUUUAAAUCCAUCAAGAGGCAACUUCGAGAAAAGGGAGAACUGGAGGAAUUUUGGAAAAAUCAUCAGCCUGACAUUUUUGCUCGGAGAUAUCUGCAUUGCUUCCCUUCAGAUAUUUUUCUAUCAGCUGGAUCUGCUUCAGAAAGGCUAUAUGAUUACAUGAAUGCCCAGUACUAUGGGGUGAUAAGUGUUGGCACCCCACCUCAGAAAUUCACAGUGGUGUUCGACACAGGAUCAUCCAAUUUUUGGGUCCCUUCAGCUUAUUGCAUCAGCGAAGCCUGCAAGAUGCAUGAAAAAUUCAAAUCAUUUCUAUCAAACUCCUAUCAGCAUGGAGGGCAGGCCUUUGCUCUACAGUAUGGUACUGGGCAGCUUCUAGGCAUUGCUGGCAAAGACACAUUACGGAUUAGCAACAUUUCCAUCCAGGGGCAGGACUUUGGAGAGUCUAUCUUUGAGCCCGGCAUGACUUUUGCUCUUGCACGCUUUGAUGGCGUGCUAGGUUUAGGAUACCCUUCUUUAGCAGUUGGCAGUGCUCUUCCAGUAUUUGACAGCAUAAUCAACCAACAUCUGGUAGAGGAGCCAGUGUUUUCCUUCCACUUGAACAGAGGAGAAGACAUUGAAAAUGGUGGUGAAUUGAUACUCGGGGGUAUAGACCAUUCCCUUUACAAAGGUUCAAUUCACUGGGUUCCAGUUACUGAGAAAAGCUACUGGCAAAUUCAUGUUAACAACAUAAAAAUCCAGGGACGGGUUGCGCUUUGCUUCCAUGGUUGUGAAGCCAUUGUUGAUUCAGGCACUUCUCUUAUUACCGGCCCCUCUUUACAAAUAAGACAACUACAGGAGCAUAUCGGGGCCAGUCCAACACAAACUGGAGAGUUUGUUGUAGAUUGCAGGAGACUGUCAAGCUUGCCACAUGUAAGUUUCACUAUUGGACACAGAGACUACACGUUAACAGCAAAAGACUAUAUAAUAAAGGAAACCAUAGAAGAAAAAACCGUGUGCAUCAGUGGCUUUCAGUCUCUGGAUAUUGCCACUCAUUCUGGCCAGCUAUGGAUUUUAGGAGAUGUAUUCAUGUCAGCGUUUUACUGUAUUUUUGACCGUGGAAAUGAUAGAGUGGGAUUUGCAAAAACCUCUCGUAGAAGGGAGCAUUCCUGAGGCCCUAAUGGCGUCAGUUCUGCCUUAAACACGUUAUUACAGGGAUAUGAGAUGAGCCUGAACUAAAACCCUGGAUCUGGCAAUUGCUCCCAAAAAAUUUCACGUGGGUUUAGGGUGGGUUUGAAAUUGAAUUCUGAAUGCUAAGUUUGUAGCUAGGUUCCAUUUCUAUACAUUUGCAACAGACACAUUUAUUUCUAAAUCAGUGAUUGAGAGACCAAAAGCCCUAGGAAGGACUGUGUCAAAAAACCUUAAACGCCUGUACAACAACUUGCCUGUAGGACUUGCAUUGGGGUGGGAGGGAAAGUGUGCUUGGGAGAAGUCUGCUAAAUAAUGCAAAGAUGAUUGUGUAUCAGUUGUAGUUAUGGGAAUCUAAUCUGGCUAGUGUUGGAUAUUUCUCUUCCCUUGCUUGUCAGUUUCAGCCUUCUAUUUCCUGACUAAAUAUUUUCUUUUUAUCAUUUAAUUGUUGCUUUUAUUUUUCUCAUUAUUUGUUGGGGUUUGUUCCACCCUUGCUCCCUCUGUUACUUGUGGCACCUUAGAGACUAACAAAUUUAUUUGAGCAUAAGCUUUCGUGGGCUACAGCCCACUUCUUCGGAUGCAUAGAAUGGA